AUACCUGCAGUGAAACUAUACUUGCACUGUGACUAUGAAAAAAUGAAAAACACUUUUGAAGUUGAUUUAUUCAGAACUCUAUUUGCACUAUUUUGAAAUAUAAUUAUAUAUUUAGAAUAAAUGAUGAUCAAACAUCGACUGUAGAUAUACUUGAACCAAAUAAUUCCGAUGAUAGUCAACAACAAUAUGUUUCAUCCACAACUAAUAUAUCGUCAGUCAAAACAGCUGUGAUUAUGAAACAUCGACGUGUUAAACGUGCCUAUAUGCUGCGUACAUCACCGUAUGGUUUACGUAAACGAAACGGUGUAUGA